AAUUUUAUUGAACAUUCGACCGUGUUGGUGACGAAAAGUGGUCUUCGGUUUUUCGUUCGUCAUAUAUAAAGAAAAAAUCUAUUUAUUUAAAAUACUAAUUUUUUGACUAAAAAAAAGUAUUAUAUUUUUAACAUGAAUGAAGAGUACGACGCAAUUGUGCUUGGUACCGGUCUAAAGGAGUGCAUUCUAAGUGGAAUGCUCUCUGUGUCUGGCAAAAAAGUUUUGCAUAUCGACCGGAAUAAGUAUUAUGGCGGCGAGUCUGCAUCAAUAACCCCUUUGGAGGAACUAUUCCAACGUUAUAACGUUGAAGCUGCUGGUGAAAAAUAUGGGCGCGGUCGUGAUUGGAAUGUUGAUCUCAUACCCAAGUUCCUUAUGGCCAAUGGGCAACUGGUAAAAUUACUGAUCCAUACGGGCGUGACCCGCUAUCUUGAGUUCAAAUCCAUUGAAGGAAGUUAUGUAUACAAGGGAGGAAAAAUUGCUAAAGUCCCUGUUGACCAGAAAGAAGCUUUAGCAUCUGAUUUAAUGGGAAUGUUUGAAAAACGUCGUUUCCGCAAUUUCUUGGUUUACGUGCAGGACUUUAAAGAAGACGAUCCAAAAACCUGGAAAGACUUCGACCCAUCUAAGUCAAAUAUGCAGGCUCUUUACGACAAGUUUGGCUUGGAUAAGAAUACACAAGAUUUCACUGGUCAUGCGUUAGCUCUUUUCCGAGAUGACGAAUAUUUGAAUGAGCCAGCAGCGAAUACAAUUCGUCGUAUAAAGCUUUAUUCAGACUCUUUGGCACGGUAUGGAAAAUCGCCAUAUUUGUACCCUAUGUAUGGGCUUGGUGAAUUGCCACAAGGGUUUGCACGUUUAUCUGCCAUUUAUGGUGGAACUUAUAUGUUAGAUAAACCAAUUGAUGAAAUCGUACUGGGCGAAGGAGGUAAAGUGGUGGGUGUGCGCUCCGGAGAUGAAGUUGCGAAAUGCAAGCAGGUCUAUUGCGAUCCCAGCUAUGUGCCUGAUAGGGUGCGCAAGAAGGGCAAAGUAAUUCGUUGCAUUUGUAUUUUGGAUCACCCAGUUGCGAACACCAAGGACGCACUAUCCACUCAGAUAAUCAUUCCACAAAAGCAAGUUGGACGAAAAUCGGACAUAUACGUAUCUGUUGUAAGCUAUACUCAUCAGGUCGCAGCUAAAGGUUGGUUUGUAGGUAUGGUGUCGACUACUGUAGAAUCUGACCAACCAGAAAAUGAAAUAAAGCCUGGAUUGGAUUUGUUGGAACCCAUUGCACAAAAGUUUAUCACGGUUUCUGAUUAUUUGGAGCCCAUUGACAAUGGCAUUGAUUCUCAGAUUUUUAUUUCGGAAUCUUAUGACGCUACUACACACUUCGAGACUACAUGUUUGGAUGUUUUGGAUAUAUUUAAAAGAGGUACUGGUGAAGACUUUGAUUUUUCAAAAAUUAAACACGAACUUGGUGACGAGGAUCAGUAAACGCGUUUAGAUUAUAUAAUUACUGAAAAAAAGAGAUUCCGUUAUGCACGGUAAUGAAAUGGAAGUAAAGAUAUGAUGCCCUGAUGUAAGGAGAAGAUGAAUCAAAAUUGCGCUUGAUAUACAAUAUAAUCACACUACUAUAUUAUAAAUGCUUAGAUCAGCCAAUCAAACUGUUACAGCGAAAUAUUAAUAAAAUAGUGAAAGAAUAUGAAAGCUUGACACAUACAUUGCGCGUACAUAUUAUAAACCAUCUUUGCUAAAUCAUUAUUAAACUAAAAUGAAACAAGUAAAUUGUGCACACCAUCAUUCUACUAUGUGAUGGCAACAAGUAAUAUUUACACAUAACUGAAUUUUUUUUGCUUACAAUGUUUUUUAAAUUUAAUUUAAAUUAUAUUCAUUCCAUUGCAUAUAUAAAAGUCUCAUUUUCUCAUUUUCAAUAAUGAUUAUUAUUCUUACUUUUCUAAAACUCAAUCGUCGUUUGUCAAUAUGUAUCCAUAACCUUUUGCAAAGAAAUAAAUAAAUUUUGCCCAACAAAAAAAUAUAAAGACCUGCUUGGAAUUUCGAAUGGACUCAUUAGAGUGUCAAUAUUUAUCCAAUAAGAAUAAAUGAACAGCGCAUCAGUAACUGCCGUUCGAAAAUAUUGCAUUUUCUUAAAUUGCCAGUGGGCUCAAAACAAAUAUAAACUUUUCAACUCAAAAUUGAUGUAAAGGUUAGGAAUAAAUCUUUGUACCCCCCACAAUUUUGCUUAAAGUGUAACAGAAAUUUCAAAAAAAUAAAUAUAUAUGAUUAUGGGGAUUGCAGCAACAUUA